AUGACGAGGGAUUGCGGUUUGAGCAGACACUCUACCAAAUUCAAGAGGCUGCGAAUCCAUCCCUGGGCGCUGGAUUAUUGCUCGCGGCAGCCGUGGUUCAAACAGACACGUGCCAGCACGAGCCACCUUCAUCGGGCACCGCGGCACCCGUCUUCUUCCCUCGCGGUGCACACGUGCUCGCCGGGGGGGUCCCACCAGGAUCGUCCUCAAGGGGAGGGGGAGCGCUGCCAGGGCGAGGGCUGGGUCCCCUCGGAACAUCGCGAGGUCCUCUCUGUGGUCUCCGAGGCGCUCUCCUGCCGGGUGGAUCCCCGUUGCUUCCUCGAAAGCCUCCACCGCACCCACGGCGUCGCUGCCAGGACGGGGGAGGCGCUGCCCUCCGCUUCCCUUUCCCCUUCCCCUUUGGCUUCCCUGCGCGUUUCGCCAGGGCCGCCCGGUGGCCCUUGUCGUUCCCCCUCUCCACAGCAAACCGUGGUCCGUCUCAACCGGUACGUCUUUCAGCAGGAGCGUAGGCCGCAGGGCCAGCCGGCCAAACACGGCCUUCCCUACUCCACGGCAUGCCAAACCAUGGAGGGGCUGCCCAUGGCCAUCUCGACGGCAGCGCAGAGUGGCGCAUACGGACGCAUUUUAAAGCAGUGGCUCUUCAACCCCCUCCGGGAUUGCGUGGAGUGCUCCGUUCAGUAUGCCACCUUAGAGCCGUCGCCGCGUGCUGAGGGAGGGGGAGGUUCGGUUGGAAGGGAGCAGCGGCAGCAGCUUGACGCCUCCGUGCGGCCAUGGGACGAGGCCGCUGCCGCUGCCUACCUUGUAGAGGUUCUCUCACAUGAUGUAUUUCGCAAGAUAAUCUAUAAAAAGGCCUGGAAGGAAGCAGCAAGACGGCAUAACGCACUUUUGGCUCGAUUAGAUCUCUUGUUCGCCUCCUCCAGGCUCAGGAAAGACCUUUCUUCCUCUUCCUUAUCAAACGCAGCGGGGUCGGAAGCUGAACUGGUCCCUGAUAAUAUUGAUAUCCUAAAGCAAGAGCUAUUCAGUAUCCCACACUGUGUGGUUGAGGUUGCCGUACCACAAAUUAUGAUGCUUGAAAGGGCUUCUAAAGAUGGCACGUCGCGUCAUGGGCGGCGGAGCGCACUUGCUAACCUACGUUGCUACCCGGCUUCUCGGUAUAUAGCGCAUCGAUCCAUGUAUGAAUUUUAUACUAGCUCCACUACUUUAUCAUCAAAAUUAGGGAGACCGCCGACCCACCUCCUUUUGCCUGCAAAACAUCUCUCGACAACCCAGCCGUGCACGUCGGGCACUUCUCACAUGCUGUGGCUCCUUCUUUAUGAGAUGGUUCAGCUCCGGAUUUUGUGCGCAGUCCUCCUUCAAGUGGGACUGCUACUGUGGUGCGUGCAUCGCACACGUCAUAAGCGAAGCGAACUAAGCGUAGCAGAGAAGAAUCCGGAAAAGGGUAAUCCUUACUACACGUCCUCUUUCCAUGAUUUAUCAGCCCCAGAAACCUCUCAUAGUAAGCCGACAAAUCACCUUCCAGCGGAUCUUCUCUUGGAUGAAUCUGUCUGCGCCUGGAUGGCGGCAUCACUGGCAGGUUCCAGUAUUGCAGACCUUUUCCACCCUCGAUUGGAUCGAUUUGCUUUGAAGUUUAGCCAGCACGCUUCCGUGAUGUCAUCCGUUCCUAAAGAAGACGAACUUUUCAAAGUGUUCGCUGAUGGCGGGACUAAGAGUCCUCCCGCGGCUCUCAAUGCUACGGCAGAAGUUCAUACCCAAUACCCAAAUCAUACCUCUGUGCAGGCGCUUUACAAUUAUAUCUCCUCGAGAUUUAGGUCUAUCGAUGUAGACUACGAAGAGCCUCGUUUUCCCACAAUAAGUCGGAGGGAAUAG